AUGACACUGCGCCUUCUUAGACUCACGUUUCCCACUGAGAUCUAUCUAUCUAUCUAUCUAUCUAUCUAUCUAUCUAUCUAUCUAUCUAUCUAUCUAUCGUUUUCUACACUAUCUAUUUUGUUCUCUACAUUACCUAUCUAUCACGUUCUUUAUACUAUCUAUUUGUUCUCUACACUAUUUAUCUAUAUUUUUUCUACACUAUUUCGUUCUCUACAUCUAUCUAUCUAUCUAUCUAUCUAUCUAUCUAUCUAUCUCAUUUUCUACAAUCUCUCUCUCUAUUUCUCUCUCUUUUAUCAAUCGCUACAUCUAUUGUUAGGAAGUUUGUACAUUAUCUUAUCUAUCUAUCUAUCUAUCUAUCUAUCUAUCUAUCUAUCGUUUUCUACACUAUCUAUUUCGUUCUCUACAUUAUCUAACACGUUCUCUAUACUAUCUAUUUGUUUUCUACACUAUCUAUCUAUCUAUCUAUCUUAUUUUCUCAUUUCAUUCUCUACACUAUAUAUCUGUCUAUCUCUGCACUAUUUCAUUUUCUACAAUCUCUCUCUCUCUAUUUCUCUCUCUAUCUAUCUUGUUCUGUAUACUGUUAACGUUUUCUACACAAUCUAUCUAUUUCAUUCUCUAAACUAUUUCGUUCUGUGCACUAUCUAUCUAUCUAUCUAUCUAUCUAUCUCGUUCUGCACUAUCUAUUGA